GCUGGUGGGAAAAUUGCGUGGACUUUAUUGUGAUUGUGGAUUAAUAGAGCUAACAAAGUUUGUUGAUUGAUUUGUCUUCUAGUAAGAACGUAUAACAAGCAGGUUUCCUGUGAAUUGCCUCGUUACAUGGAUCGCAGAGAUAUCGUACGUUUAAGAGUGUGUGAGGAUAUGUUGCGGUGCAUGGAUCCCGACGACGAUGACGCAGAAAUGAAGAGACGAAUUGAAUCGUCGGCCCCUAUUCUGUGCCAUCGUUUGUACUUCGCUGUCUUGACCAGUUUUGAAGCACCCAGAGUGAAAAGCAACAAAACGUUGAUGUUUACUAUAGACGAUACGCUUGUUUAUCAAAAUUUUUAUAUGGAUUUUGGCCCACUGAAUAUCGCCAUGGUUUAUCAGUAUUGCAAAUCAUUGCACGGAAUGCUAACGGACGCAAGCUUGAGUAACUCCCGAAUCGUGCACUACACGACCCCAGAUAAUUCGAAGUUAUUGAACGCAGCAUUUCUUGCGGGCUGUUAUGCCAUCAUCUACCUCAACUACACGACAAAAAGCAUUUUACAAACUCUCAAACCAGCGUUGACUAGAAUAGCUGGUGUCAAGUUUUGCGAUGCAUCCCAACAUGAUCCCUGCUUUCUCACACUGACCGAUUGCUUGAACGCCGUCUCAAAGGCGCACCAGAAAGGAUUUUUCUAUUUCGACGAUUUUGAUGCACACCAGUACCAGCACUACGAGCGUGUCGAGAACGGGGACCUCAAUUGGAUUGUGCCGGGAAAGUUUCUUGCCUUUUGUGGCCCGCAGAAUGAAUCCCGAAUAGAGAAUGGUGUUCUAAUACACGGCCCGGACGCAUAUUUCGACUACUUUAAGCGCCACAACGUAACUGCUGUUGUACGGUUGAAUAUGAAGAAGUAUGACGCACGAUCGUUUACGGAGAAAGGAUUUAGGCAUUACGAGCUGUUUUUCAUCGACGGUGGCACGCCGAGCGAUAUGAUUAUGCGACGAUUCCUAGAGAUUUGCGAAGAUGAGAAGGGCGCGAUCGCUGUGCAUUGCAAAGCUGGCUUGGGGCGAACUGGUACGCUGAUUGGUGCGUAUCUAAUGAAGCAUUAUUGUUUCACCGCACUGGAAGCAAUCGCUUGGUUGCGUAUUUGCCGCCCUGGAUCGGUUAUUGGCCAACAGCAGCAAUGGCUGCAGGAUAAAGAACAGUGGCUGAUCGCCGAAGGCAAUGCAUUUCGUCGUUCGAACCCCAAUUUUACUCCAGCAAAGCACAAGCUUGGAAUUUACAGUCUUGUUGCCGUGCGUCAGUCGGAAGCGGGUGGAUCGGGACGGCAAGAGGAGUACGAUCGUCGAUCCCAAUCGUCCCUGACAACGAAAGUGAACUCAAUGAGGCUUGCGGACGAGGAUGAGGUUGAUGCGGAAGGUGCCAAUAUUAUCAAUAACAAUAAUUUGCCCAACCCGGAUCGACCGAGCAGCAUUUCUCAGCGGCUCCGUUCCAAGGCCAUGUCCAGCAUGGAGGUUCGGAGCGCGCCAGUCACAUCAUUACCCCAGAGCGCACGAUCGAAGCCUCGAUCCCGCGGUAGUCUUAUAAAUUUACCCUCUCGGGGGGAAAAAGUUGAAUCGGGGAUAUCACGCCGUCGUAAGUCGACAGGAAUAGUCGUUGAGCAAAGCACCGGAGGAACACAGGGCGAAAAUCUUAAUAAGAUCAAAGCAGCGCGCCGGAAGCGAAUGUCAACGCUUCCAGAAACGGAUAGCGUUGAAGCGGUCAUCCUCGCUGGAGACGCUCUUUCCGUGGGACGAAAGCAACGAAAGUGCCGAGCCUACCGAGGCGCUUAGUAAGGUGAAGAUCGUCGGCGAGAAUGUCAUUGGCGACACCGUCGACGUACUGAUUCCCGUCGUUGACGUCCACUACCUGAAUGAAAUUCAAAUCGAGCGGCAAAGACG